CAAUCACCAAUUUUAAAAAUUGUUUUUGUGGUUUACAUAAUAAUUUCUAUAAAAGUAUAAUUUCUAAUAGAAUACCUAUAGGUAUUGAAUUCAAUUACUGAAUAGAUUUAUUGUUUUGUCUGUUUUCAUACUUAAAAGUCCAGUUCAAUUUAUUUGAAAAACAAAGUGUAAUACACCUCAAGCUGCUUGAUAUUGUUAAACUUAACUUAAUUUAUUUAAAGUAUCUAUCAUGGAUUGGAUGUACGAUGGUACACGAAUACAAAAAGACGACUAUCUUUUGGGGAAGAAAAUUGAUAAAAAAUAUGGUGAAAGCACAGAUAAUGAUUCAAUUUUACCACCAAAAAUAUGCUCAACUGAUAAAUUUUCUCAAGUAGACUUGACAAAAAAAAUUUCAGAGGAUCCAUUGGUAAAUAUAAAAAAGCGAGAAAUUGAAGUUGCACAAAAAAUUCUUCAAAAUCCAAUGCGUUUGAAAAAACAACAAAAUAUUCAAAAAGAAAAACAUACUAUUGAUGAUCAUCAGCUAGAUAUGAUAUUAGUUAGCCGUUUGAAAUCAUAUGAAAAAGCUGGAUUAGAUCUCGCAAAAAUAUUGUCAAUUACCAAACAUAAAGAAAAAAAAGAACAUAAAAGAAAACACAAGACAGAUAAAUCUAGUUCUGAAGAAGAUGAAAAAAAUGUCAAUAAAAAAUUGACAAACAAGAAAAAAAAACAAUUACAAAAGUCAGGUAGUUUUGAACGAGAGAACAAAAAACAAAACGAUAAAAAAUCUCUUAAAUAUGAAGAUGAUAAGCAAAAAGACAACAAAAAUAAAAGGGAAAGAAAGACAUCAAUUUCAUCUUCAGAUGAUAAAGUUUCUUCUAAGAGAAAUAAAUUAACAAAAGAAUAUAAACAUCAUAAGAAUGAUAACCAAAAACAUAAAGAUCAUUAUAGAAAUCAUAGAUCAGUUAGUAUUGAUGAUAGAGAUAAUAAUUUUCAAGAUUAUAAAAAUAAAAGAAAUGAACGUAACAGAUCUAUCUCAAAAGAAAAAUAUGAACAAAAUGAUAAAACUUCAAAAUAUAAACAUGGAAAUAAUCAUUAUGUUGGUGAUAAUAAUAACAAAAAGUAUAGUGAUGACAUGAAAAAAGAUAGAAAAUAUAAAGAGCAAGAAUCUAAGAGUAGAGAGAAAAGACAUGAUAAUAAAAACAAACGAACAUUAAGUUCAGACAGAGAAUUGGAACGUAAAAAACCAAACAGUACUUCUGAACAUGGUAAAUAUAAGACUAAAAAUAAUGAGUACAAUCAUAGAUCAAACAGUUCUGACAAAGAACACGAGUCAAAAGUUUCUAAGGAUUCAAUAAAUAAGCAUGGACAUCAUAAAAAAUUGAAUAGUCGAAGAAGUAGAUCACCAGAGAGUCCCCCAAAAGGGAACAAACAUCUCAAAACAAAUGAAAUUAAAAAAGAUAAAAAAAGACAAAAUUCCAGUAGUUCAUCAAGUUCAGAAGAUGAAAGAAAGAAAAAUAGUACAGUGAAGCAGAUCUCCAAACAUCGACAUAGUCCAGAACUUCAAUCAGAUAGUGACAAAGAUGAACAUAAAGGCAACCAGAACUAUGGAUUAUAUGUUCCUAAUGGUAAAAUUGUAAGAAAAUCAUCUAUUAGUCCAACACCUGUAAAAGAGAAAAAAAAUUCAAGUAUUGUUCGACCCAAAUCGCCUCCUGCCAAGAAAAGGAAAUUGACUGAAAAAGAAAUGGAAAAAAUGAGAAUGGAAAUGAUGGAAAAUGCUAAAGUUAGAGAUAAAGAACGCUCCUCUAAUGUAAAACGUUACAGAAAAGAAGAUAAAAAAGAAGAGGAAAAACAAAAACCAUAUAAUAAAGAGUUUUUAAUUAAACAAAUGGCACAUGCAGCUUCACAAGUUAGUGUUGAAAGAAGUAUCAAGUCAAAUGUUAAUAAACUACAAAAAAAUAAUAAUAGUAUUGCUGAUUAAUCUUGUGUAUUUGUAUGUAAAUUAUCAAUAUUGUUUUUUUUUUUUUUAAUUAAUGUUUC